AUGAAGCUUGGCGAAACUACCAGUGGAACCGGAACGGACGUCUACUGUUCGAUCACGUACAACACGGACUGUACACUGUGCAGUUUCCAGACGAACCAACUUUCAUCUCUCGGGCGGGAAAUCCCUCCACCCUGGACUUUUUCCUGUCGAACAUCGGACUAUCAACCGGUGGUGGCUGAAGUCGGCAUCAACGUGGCUUCUGCUCCAAGCCUGCGCAAAGACUACCACCACGUCACCUGGGUGCAGUUUGGACGAGUGGUUGACAGAGGCAUCGAUGAAGAUCCGCCGAAUGACACUGUAGAAGACAUCGACCGGGCCUUGGAAGGACUCCAACAGGCCAUAUCCGUGCCUAACGAGGCAUGUGUUCGCCAAGUUCCUGUGAGGGAUUCUGAACGUGAGGUACAAAUUACAAUUGUCGAUGUACUGGACUACGUCGGUGAAUCCGUCCGCCCGAUCAAAGAAGGAUAUGCGGUUUUUGCAGCAAACCAUAUUGUUUGUAUCGGUUGGAGGAAAUGUGAUACUGAAUGGAUUGACAUUCUCGCGUAUGUUACCCAGUCAUCACACCCUGGCCAAACUCCUCAUACUGUAAAUAUGAGAAUUUAUUCUGAUGUUUCGCAAUGGAUGCUCAAGUGUUCCUGCAAGGCGGGAACUUCUAAAUGCAAGCACAUUGUAGCUUGCUUGCUGCAUGCAGAAAAGUACAGAAAGCUGGUGUAUAUGUCCUGUACGGAAGUGACUCAGGUGUGGGGAACUCCGAAAGCUCACAAGUCUGCUCCAUGGGGUGCAAAAAAAGUUUCCGAAAUGUGUUGCUUCAAACGCCCUAGAACGUCACCGGAAGUGGACGAACAUGAUGAAGAAGCAAUAUUGGUCGAAUCGUUCAGCAGAAUAUUGGCCGUUUCAAAGCAAUCUGCACUAUACAAACAUAUUCAGGGCAGGUUCCUGAACGAUCCCUUAUCUUAUCCAAAUCGUGCUCAACAGGCGUUAGAUAAUACAGAUGAUGAAUUUUGUGUUCCGAAAGACAUUGAGUUAUGCUUACUACGAAAAAUCGGUGGUAUUGAGGUUCAUCCAGCAUCGUACUGCUCGGACGAGGAAAAAAUAUAUUACGAAAAGUACAUACAAGUUGACAUUGAGAAAUCCAUAACGAUUGCUCUCGAAACGAAAGGCCAGAAUACAAAUGCCUGGAAGAUCCAUCGGGCAUCAAGAAUAACAGCCAGUUCCUGUUACUCUCUCUUCACGUAUAUCAGUAAUAAGUCUGCCAAUUGGGAGAAAAAAAUAGAGUCAUACUGGAACAUCCGCAGCCUCAAUGUAAAAUCUACUAAAUAUGGCAAGGAAACCGAGUCUUUAGCUUUUGAAUGCUAUCGAAGAAAACGUAAUCCUCUAAUCAAACGAUGCGGCCUUGUAAUCCAUCCUGUAGAGAGCUGGAUUGGAGGAUCUCCAGAUGGAAUAGAUGCAGAAUCUGGACUACUACUGGAAAUUAAAUGCCCUGGCACAGCCGAAAUGUCAUUGCUUGAGAUCCUCAAGACGGCAAAUGUAUCCACCUAUGUCAGACAAAAGGACGGUGACGAAAUCACACUAAAUUGGAAGCACAUGUACUACUGCCAAGUGCAAAUUAAUAUGUGGAUACUAAAUUGUUCAACGUGUGAUUUUAUCAUUUAUUCGAAGGCUGAUGACGAUUUUGUUUUGAUAGAAGUACCGUGUGACGUAUCCUAUAUUCAAAAUGUGGUUAAUGAUUUGAAAAUGCUUUAUUUCAAGAAAAUGUUGAAAAAGGUGAUUAAAUAA